CCCCCCCCCAAGACUCCCAGGACCCCCGAACCGUUGAGUCAGAACCCGGCCGGUAAGUUUGUGCUCUGUCUCCGUGUUACUCCACCCUUAAAACGAGUAGCCUGGGCGGACGCGCCGCACACUCUGUGCCGCGGACCCGCGUGUAGGGGAUUGGAUCCCCUCGUAGACUUGCAGAGACUUGCAGGUCACUCCUGCGGCGGUAAGAGGCGGUUCUCUCACUUCCGUUUUUUUGCCUGGAUCGCGAUCGCUCGCUGCCGGGAGGACCGAGUGACUUUUUGUCUUUCGCCCUUCUGUUUGCUCUCCGGCUGUACUUACUACUUUGUGACCCACACACCAUGGGGCAGGCUCAGACCACUCCUUUAUCUCUGUUCUUAGACCAUUUCAAGGACUAUAAAAUGAGGGCUAGGAGUCGAGGCUUAGCUGUUAAGAAGAAGAGACUAACUGGUUUUUGCAGAAAGGAAUGGCCAACCUUCAACGUUGGCUGGCCGCCGGAGGGGACUUAUUACCUAUCCGUGAUUUUUAAGACCAAGGAGAUCAUUUCUGGACGACCGGAACGCCAAGACCAAGUCUCCUACAUCAUCACCUGGCUGGAUCUGGUCCAGGACCCGCCAAAAUGGCUCAAACCUUGGCUGCCGAGACAACAACCAAGCGCCACCAUACUCGUCCUGGAAAACCGUGAGAAACGAAAAACUGAGACUAACCCUAUGGCCCCUCUUUAUCCUGUCUUGCAGGGUGGCACUGAGGAAGGCCUCCUCUUCCCCCACCCGCCUUACCGACCCCCACCAGGGGGUCACCCAGGCCCUCAACCCGAGGCCCCAGGAUUGGCUCAAGGGCCUGCGGUGGUGAACCCACCUCACACCCAAGAGAAAACCCAGCAAGACCUGGUCCAACCUCCAGCGGCUGAGUCCACGGUUCUCCCCGGGAGGGCAAUAUAUCCCCAACUUGAUGAGUGGAACCAACUGACGAAAUGUCCCUUACCCAUUAGAGAGCUAUAUAACUGGAAAACCAAGAACCCUCUGUUCUCAGAGAAACCGACUGCGUUAAUUAGCUUAUUAGAAUCCAUCUUUUCGACCCACCAGCCCACCUGGGAUGACUGUCAACUGCUCUUAACGAUCUUCUUCAAUACCGAGGAGCGAGAGAGGAUUUUACUUGAGGCCAUGAAAUUGGUUCCAGGAACAAAUGGGAGCCCUGCUACUAAACAAGCACUUACUGAUGCAGGUUUUUAUGGGACCAGACCAGACUGGAAUCUUAAUUCGGCAGAAGGUAAGGAGAAUCUCCGGGUCUACCACCAGACUCUGAUGAGAGGUCUCAAGGCGGCUGCACAGGGACCCACUCAUUUGGCCAAGGUACGUUGGGUGCAUCAGGAAAUGACAGAAAAACCUGCAGCCUUUUUAGAAAGGAUUAUGGAGGCCUAUCGCACCUACACGUCCCUAGACCCAGAGGCACCUGAGAAUAAGUCAGCGGUCAUUAUGACCUUUGUAAAUCAGGCCUUUCCUGACAUCAAAAACGAGUUGCAGGGAAUAGAUAAGCUAGGGGAGAAGAGUUUGCAGGAGUUGUUGUUGGCAGCUGAGAAAGUGAUUGACAGCCGAGAAAUGCAAGCCUACAACGGGCUACAAAAUGAAAGCGUGGCCUUGAUCAGUGUAGCCCUGUUAGUAGAUUCUCCGGAAGAGAAACAGCGCCAACUCGUGGAUGGAAAAGGUAAGCGUCCCCAACAAAUGGGGAAGCCAAAGCUCCAAAAGAACCAAUGUGCAUACUGUAAGAAGGUCGGGCACUGGGUCAAGGACUGCCCCAAGAACCGGAGGGGACAGGGUUCGGACCCCCUCCCUGAGCCCAGAGCAAACCUUAAAGUGUCUCAGAUCUCUUUUGAUCAAAAAGGGAACUCUGUCACAGAUCAUAGAGGAUGCCCUAGUCAGAAAAUCACCCUGCCUCUGGAAGAUGAAUAUAAAUUGUACCAGAGACCGAGCUCUCUCCCAAAUGAUAUUUGGUUAACCAAAUUCCCCUCAGCUUGGGCAGAAAAGAAAGGAAUUGGGUUCGCAAAGCAUAGGGACCCCAUUUGCGUUGAAUUGAAACCAGAUGCAACUCCGGUUCGAAGAAGACAGUACCGAAUAUCCCAAGAAGCCAAAGUGGUUAUCACAGCCCUCAUCAGAAAGUUCAGGAAGUUGGACAUACUAGUACCUUGCCAAUCCCCAUGGAGUACACCCCUACUCCCCCCCAUCAAGAAGUGCAACUCCAAUGACUAUAGACUAGUCCAGGACCUCAGAGAGGUAAACAAAAGAGUUAUGGACAUAGAUUCCACAGUACCAAACCCCUAUACCCUCCUGAGUAUUUUAAAACCUUCCAAGACUUGGUAUACGGUAUUGGACCUCAAAGAUGCUGUCUUAAGCCUUCCUUUAGCCCUCCAGAGCCAGCCUCUGUUUGCCUUUGAAUGGCAUGACCCGGAAAAAGAAUUCAGUGAACAACUAACAUGGACCAGACUGCCACAAGGCUUCAAGAAUUCAACAGCCAUCUUUAACGAGGCUCUACAUGAAGAUCUGGGUGAGUACAGACAGAACCAUCCCAAUACCACCCUCUUGCAAUAUAUAGAUGACCUCUUGGUGGCAGCAGAGACCAUGGAAGAAUGUCAGCAGAGUACUGAGGACCUGCUGAUGACACUGGGGAAAUUAGGCUAUAGGGCAUCAGCUGAGAAGGCUCAAAUCUGCCAACAAGAGGUAAAGUACUUGGGACACAUUCUAAAAGGGGGCCGACGAUGUCUGUCAGAGGCCCGAAAAGAUACCAUUUUCAAUACCCCCACACCUACCACAAGACAGGAGGUCAGAAAAUUCUUGGGGUCAGUAGAAUUCUGUCGCCUUUGGGUCCCUAAUUUUGCAGAAUUGGUAAAGCCCCUCCAUGAGGCUGCCAAAAAAGGGGGGCCCUUCCAAUGGACUGAGGCCCAGGAAGACUCUUUCGAUAGACUCAAAUGGGCCUUAUUAGAGGCCCCCACGUUGGUGCUACCUGACAUCACCAAGCCUUUUCAUCUCUAUGUAGAUGAGAGCGAGGGCAUAGCUAAAGGUGUCCUCACUCAAAUGUUAGGCCCCCAGAAUCACCCAGUGGCAUACCUAUCAAAGAAAUUAGACCCCGUGGCCUCUGGGUGGCCUUCGUGUUUGAGAAUUAUCGCUGCCACAGCCUUGCUGGUCACGGAUGCAGACAAACUGACUCAAGGGGAAGAAUUUUGCAUCACCACUCCCCAUGCCAUUGAAAGGAUUCUCAAACACCCCCCAGAUCGAUGGGUGGGCAAAGCACGCAUGACUCGCUACCAAAGCCUGCUACUAAACCCCCCGCGUAUCCGUUUCCUACCAAGAGCUGCGCUGAACCCGGCCUCUCUGCUACCAGACCCAGAUAUGGAGACCCUGUUACAUGAUUGUGUGGGCACGCUAAGCAAGCUAGGUGCACAGACUUGUGAAGGACCUAACGGACCCAGCCUCUGCUGAAUGCAGAAGCCAUUGGCUCACUGAUGGUAACAGCUUUGUGCUUGAUGGACAAAGGUAUGCAGGGGUGGCAGUGUUAUCAGACUCAGAAACCAUAUGGGCAUCCGUCCUGCCACCUGGCACUUCUGCACGAAAAGGCAAAAGACUCAACAUUUAUACUGAUAGCACAUAUGCCUUUGCUACAGCCCAUGUCCAUGGGGCCAUUUAUCAGGAGAGAGGACUCCUGAUGGCUAAACGAAAGACUACAAACGAGAUCCUAAACCUUUUGGAGACCCUCUGGCUUCCAAAGGAACUGGCUAUUAUACACUACCGAGGCUACCAAAAGGCAACUGUGCCUGAAGCAAAAGGCAGUCAGCAGAGCAGAUUUGCCUGCCAGGACAGCAGCUCUCAGUCCUAUAGAAGAUUUGACUUUCCAAUUGCCUGACCCAGGAGCUCCAAUCCUACCAGACAAGCCUGACUACUCCAAAGAGGAUGCUAUCUCUAUUCACACACUGCCUAUGACCCCUAAGCCUGAGGGCUGGCGGCUCACCGGAGACUGUAAAAUGACCCUCCCCAGCAAUCUGGCAGCUAGUCUGCUCCAGUGUGUACACCGGACAGCCCACAAGGGCACCAGGGAAACUGAGGAUCUGGUAAUAAAGGCAGACCUAAAGAUCUUCAACCUCCAGAUGCUUGAGCCGGAAACUCACUAAUGCAGAGAAACAGAGGAUGAAGGAUGCCCAACCCGGUGCUCGCUGGGAUAUGGACUUCACUGAGAGACCCACAUCCAGACCCAGAGGAUGUCUCCCCACAAUGGUGUGUCACCCAAGACCAAGGGACCCCAUUCAAGCUCCAGUGCUCCUAAGCCUAUUGACAUGGGCUGUCUGCAUCUUGCUUCCAAGAGUUGCUGGGAUUACAGGCGUGCGCCACCACCGCCCGGCUUGCCUGGUACUUUUAAAAGAAAACAAUAAAAGCACUGUACCACAAAAAUAUUUUUGUAUUUUGUACUGCAAAAUAACAAUGAAUGGACCAAAAAGACUAAGGGUAUGAAAAAAGUAAAAUUAGAAGAUGAAGGGACCUCUGACUUGGUGGAAAUAGCUUGGCAGGAUCUAACUGCAUAGUUAAAAAUAAGAACAAAUGCAAGGAAGUUAAAAUUGACACCCCAUUAACAGCACCACAGCAGGUGGAACAUGUUUUAGAAAAAGCAUCUCAAAAAGAAAUACCUGGUACACUC